CCCCCAACUCUGACUGUUACAACUCGGAGAAAUAGUCUGUUGGACUCAGCUCAGUUUCCUCCCAACUCAGUCUGCUGCCGCAGCCAUAGCCAUGGCUUCCUUACACUCCAUAUCUCCCCAGAGCGUUCUCCCCCUUCCAAUCCGAAGCCCAACUUCAGAACCGUCUCCAAGUUUUCCCAGACCCCACUUGUCUCUAGAAACAAAAAACAGAGAACGAAGUUGUGGGUGGUACGCUCCGUGGGGGAAGAGCAGGAUCUGAUCCCAGUACAGAGUACGGACGGUACGGACCAUCAAGAAGGCGUGGUGGUGAGCCGGGUGGAGAUGGAAGGUGGGUUGGAAACGGAGUUGGUGAGCGGGUUCGGAGCGAAUGAGGGUAGGCUCUCGUUCGAAGGGGCCGGUGAAUUUCAAAGCUUUCCUUCCUCUUCUUCUUCGGGCUCCGUUGGUGAUGGAGUGGGGAAGAGCGAGGAAAUAGAGAGACUGUUGGAUAGGACCAUCAACGCGACGAUAGUUCUGGCUGCGGGUUCCUUCGCCAUCACCAAGUUGCUCACCAUUGACCAGGAUUACUGGCAUGGGUGGACGAUUUUUGAGAUACUAAGAUAUGCACCUCAACACAACUGGACUGCUUACGAGGAAGCUCUUAAGAAAAAUCCAGUUUUAGCAAAAAUGGUUAUUAGUGGAGUGGUGUACUCUCUAGGGGAUUGGAUUGCACAGUGCUAUGAAGGGAAGCCUCUAUUUGAGUUUGAUCGAGCACGAAUGUUCAGAUCUGGCCUUGUUGGCUUUAGUUUACACGGUUCCCUUUCUCAUUAUUAUUACCAGUUCUGUGAGGAGCUUUUUCCUUUCCAAGACUGGUGGGUUGUUCCUGCCAAAGUUAUCUUCGACCAAACUGCAUGGGCAGCAGUUUGGAACAGCAUUUAUUUUACUGUCUUGGGAUUUUUGCGUCUUGAAUCCCCAGUUAGUAUUUUCAACGAAUUGAAGGCAACUUUCUGGCCCAUGCUAACUGCAGGAUGGAAACUUUGGCCCUUUGCUCAUCUAGUUACCUAUGGUGUGAUCCCAGUGGAACAAAGACUUCUUUGGGUGGACUGUGUAGAGCUUAUCUGGGUGACAAUACUAUCUACUUAUUCAAAUGAGAAGUCAGAAGCAAGAAUCUUAGAAGCACCAGAAGAAACCAACUCCAGUUCUCCAUCCAUAGAUCCUCCUCAGGAGUAACCAACAUUGUAACAAUCAGAAGUCGGAUGGUAAGGAGGAAUUGCUGACAACUGUGAGA